AUGUUAUUACUACGUAUGGUGGCGCUUGCCACCACGGCGGCUGGAUAUGUGGUCACCACCAUGGUGAGCCAAAAGGCCACUUGCUAUCUCUAUCCGGAAUCGUUGAGAAACGAUGGCCAGGAGGUUGACGAUGUCCCCUCAAUCCACCAGGCCUUUGCAACGUGCGGCCAGAAUGGCGAUGUCGUCUUCACCGACGGUGUUUUCAAUAUCCAGUCGGUGAUGAAUACGACAAACCUCGCUAACUGCGACGUGCUCCUGCAAGGAGAGCUUCGCUUCUCAACCGACAUCGCCUACUGGCUGUCUCAUUCAUACGACGUGGUUUUCCAGAACCAAUCGACCGCGUGGCUCUUCGGCGGUGAAAACGUUACCUUCCGCGCGGAUGGCGGUUGGUACAACGGCCAGGGACAGGCUUGGUACACCCAGAACCAGAACCACAGUAAUCAGCCCGGCCGACCGAUCAGCAUCACGUUCACUGAAUCUAAGAAUCUACUUGUGGAUGGUCUGCGCAUCAUUCAGCCCCAGUUCUGGGCUACGUUCGUGACAUACAGCCAGAAUGUCUCCCUCACGAACCUCUACGUCAAUGCGACAAGUAAUGAUCAAUGGGGGACCGUCAACACAGACGGUUAUGAUUCGUGGAACAGUGACACGCUUCUUGUUGAGAACGCCAUUGUCCAAAAUGGCGAUGACUGCAUCGCAGCUAAAGGAAAUACCACGAACCUCCACGUGAAAAACGUCACCUGCUACGACAACUUCGGCAUGACCAUCGGCUCGGUCGGUCAAUACCCCGAUAUGCCAGACUACGUGGAAAACGUCACAUUUGAAGACGUCACCUGUAUCAACUGCAUGGAAGGCGCGUUCAUCAAAACCUGGCAAGGCAUCACAAACGACGACAACCUGAACAACAACGCCGGUGGCGGCGGCAGCGGCGUGAUCAAGAACGUGACAUAUCGCAACUUUGACAUGACAAAUGUCGCCCUCCCGAUCCAAAUCUCACAAUGCAUCUAUACCGAGGCGGAUGGAAAAUACUGCAACACAUCCAAGAUGGCUAUCCAGGACAUCACCUGGUCAAACAUCAAAGCGACAACGAGGUACAACGUCGGUGCAUCAAUCUACUGCUCCGAUGUGCAUCCGUGCCCGGGAAUCAAGUUCGAAAACGUGCAGCUCGAGUCCGUCAAUAGCACGCUUGGCUUGCCGAUGUAUGGAACCACCCUACAGGACGAGGUAUACCAGUGCAAGAACAUUGUGGAUCAGGAUUCUACCGGUGUGCCUUGCAAUCGUGUUGCGCCGAAUAAUUACGGUCAAGUCGUGACCUCUAAUAUCAAAGAGUAG